AUGUCCGUCACCACAACAACAGCGACCGCCGCAUACGUGCCGACCCAUAGAUCUCUCGCCAACCCGCCACGCGGUCUUCGCAAAGCUACCAGCUUCACAAGCGCUUUCCCCUCCGCAGCUUCGGCCUCUUCUCCCAGCCUCAACUCGCUUUACAACGCUCAUUCGCGUCUCACGCCUUCGCACCACACUCUCCCGCGCAAAUCCUCCCUGGCCGCGCUGACGCCCAACUCUCUCGCCUCCAUCCCCGAUGUGAGCGAGUCCUACGCCUACAACAGUCUAGCCGAGUCGCCCGAUCGCAAGAUGGCUCCCACCACUCCCGGUAAGCCCGGGAAUGACUUCGUCAUUGGCGAUGUUGUCGAAGUCCCGGGCAAUAUGCUCGGUACCGUUCGCUUCAUCGGCUCUGUGAACGGAAAGAAGGGCACCUUUGCUGGUGUGGAGCUGCACCCAGAGUUCUCACAGCGGGGGAAGAACUCUGGUGAGGUUGAAGGGGUUUCGUAUUUCACGACAACUCUUGCCGGCGCGGGCAUCUUCCUGCCUGUGACCAAGGCUGUAAGACGAGAGUCGCCUCCAGGCUCCUCAUCGAGCUCGUUUCCAUAUACGCCCACCGCGAGCACAAUCGGUGGCCUCAAAGUUGCCAACCAGAACUCGACAAACUACACUACUCCUACGCCAUCACUUCCCGCGUUCAGCAAGUCCGUUGGCCCGCCGGGUCGCUCUACUAGUCCCGGACUGAAGAAGCCUAGCAAACCCUCACUGCGCCCAGAAUCGCCCUCACGCAAGCUGCAAAUGACGCCUGGGCCGAGACCAUCGCUAGCGACCCCCAACAGAGUCCCCUCCAAGUUCUCGUCUCCCACGGGCAAUAGGUUCGCCCAGAGCGUGCGUGGAACGGCCGGAGACCCAAGCAAAACACCCGGUAGACUGGACAGGAAACCUAGUGUGGGACCUCGCAGCGUCUCCGCUCUUGGUCUGUUCGACGAGGAGACGACCCCGACCGCGCUGCAACGAACCAAAACGAACGGAAGUGUGACGUCGGUUUCUUCAUACAGCUCUCAGUUCAGAGUUCCCUCCCGCGCGGGCUCAAGAGCGGCCUCACGCGCGACCAACGAUCAAGAGCUCGAGCGCCUGAGGACACAGUUGGAGGAUCGCGAGAGACAGUUGAGGGACCAGGCAGCUACUCUGGCAGAGAUGGAGAGCAGCCUCACCGAGCUGCAGACUCUUAUGGAGAACACAGACAUGACAUCAAUGAAACGGAAUAGUCUCGACGAUAAGGACUCAGCACAGCUUCGACUGCUGGUCAGGGAAAGGAACGAAAAGAUCGCUAUGCUCACGGCCGAAUUCGACGCGCAUCGCGCCGACUUCAGAAGUACCAUCGACACCCUGGAAAUGGCUAGUACCGAGACCGAACGAGUGUACGAGAAGCGGAUAGACGAGCUUAUGGGGGAGAUUCGUGAACUCGAAUCUCGCACCGACGACGUCGACGUGGUUGCCCGUCAGCUGAAACAGCUAGAGGAGCUUGUUCAAGAACUUGAAGAGGGUCUUGAAGAUGCUCGACGUGGUGAAGCUGAGGCCAGAGGUGAGGUUGAAUUCCUCCGAGGCGAAGUCGAGCGCACGCGGACCGAACUUCGCCGUGAACGCGAGAAAGCCUCGGCGACGAUGAAUGGUGCGGGAGGCCCACCGAAUGGGGACCGCACUUCCGUAUCCAAGGAGCUCGAGCAGAAGGAAGACGAGAUUCGAGGGUUGAAGGCUAUCAUCCACUCUCUCAGUCGCGACUCUGUCCCAGAUGCAGAAAAGCCCGAAGACCCAUCGAUCCGCGAGAAUGCUCUGGCCCGCGAGAGAAUGGAGAGAGAGCUUGCGGAACUUCGCACUCUUGUCAAGGACAAGAAUCGCCGUGAGGAGGAACUCGAACGGGAAGUUGAGAUGCUGCGUAGGGGCAGCGCCACAACCCAACAAUCUGGCUCCUUGACGAAUGGCAGCGCACAGCGCUCGUCACUUCGCGAUUCAAGAGACACUGUCGUCUUGGCCCGAAACAAUGAGCCUCGAUCCCCCGAAGCCACACACAAGCGUGGACGUACGCUGGAUACGAUGCCCGAGAGCGACACAUACUCGUCGGUUACUGAGAACAGUACCUUGUGGUGCGAGAUCUGCGAGACUGGCGGUCACGACAUUCUCACGUGCACCAACAUGUUUGGAGAUGUCAAGGCCAGCGGCGAUGCCAGCAAGACGGGCAAGGACAUGGCUAGAGAGGCUCUGAAGCCCAUGGAUGAUGAGCACAAGCCUCCUCCCCUGUCCCCGAUGAAGCCCAAGGCCUCUCUUUCCCCUCCGCCCACUCUGCCUGCCGCUCCUCCUAUCGUCAAGAUUCUGCCUAACCCCAUGGAUAACGGACCCGUUGCCGGUAAGGACAGCGGAGUGGUGGACAACUCGAAGUGGUGUGCUCUUUGUGAGAGAGACGGGCACGACAGCGUCGACUGCCCUUUCGAGGACGCAUUCUAG